CUUAGCAGCAGCAGUAGCCAACAGUGGUAUCCCCCCUGGCCCUAGCCCCGGAUCUCUACGGCCUUUUCUUCUUCAUCUCAUCAAAUAUCUCUCUUCUAUCACUUGAUCUCCUUACUUUUAAGCUCUAAUAUUUUUGCUGCUAGCUAGUAUAGCUAGUAGUGAAAAGCUAACUAAAGCAUGGGGACGAAGACAACAUGUAGGAGGCUUAUUAAGGCCCCAGCAUCCCAAAUGUUAGUGGUUGCGUGCAUAUUUAUGUUGCUGGUUGAGUCAUCGGCGGGUUCAAAAGCCAGGCACUUCAAAUGGGACGUGGAGUAUGUGUUUUGGUCACCGGAUUGCAUCGAAAAUGUUGUGAUGGGGAUCAAUGGCCAGUUUCCAGGGCCGACCAUCCGAGCCAAAGCUGGAGACACAGUGGUUAUUGAUCUCACUAACAAACUCCACACCGAGGGAGUUGUUAUUCACUGGCAUGGAAUCAGACAGUUUGGAAGUCCUUGGGCAGAUGGAACAGCAUCCAUCUCACAAUGUGUCAUCAACCCUGGAGAGACCUUCACUUAUAGGUUCAAAGUUGACAAGGCUGGGACAUACUUUUACCACGGGCACUACGGAAUGCAAAGAUCAGCAGGGUUGUACGGGUCUCUGGUUGUGGACGUAGAAGAUGGCAGGAAAGAGCCGUUCCACUACGACGGCGAGUUUAACCUUUUACUGAGCGACUGGUGGCAUGAAAGCGUUCACCACCAAGAAGUUGGCCUCUCUUCCAACCCUCUCCGUUGGAUUGGUGAACCCCAGACAUUGCUGAUCAAUGGGAGGGGCCAGUACAACUGUUCUCUGGCAGCGCGCUAUAGCAAUUCUAGUUCAAGCCAGUGCCAAUUAAGAGGAAGCGAACAUUGCGCACCCGAAAUACUCCAUGUGCUUCCAAAUAAGAUCUACAGGCUCAGGAUAGCCAGCACCACUGCCCUAGCAUCCCUCAACUUGGCCAUUGGGAAUCACAAAAUGGUGGUGGUGGAAGCUGACGGAAAUUAUGUGACGCCAUUUGCGGUUGAUGACUUGGACAUCUACUCAGGCGAGAGCUACUCAGUCCUCAUAACAACCAACCAAGACCCUUCCAACAACUACUGGCUUUCAGCAGGAGUGAGAGGAAGGGAACCCAAAACCCCGCAGGGUCUUUCAGUCCUAAACUACCGCCCAAACUCCGCUUCAAAGCUCCCCGCUUCGUCACCUCCCACCACACCUGCAUGGAAUGAUUACGCCCACAGCAAGUCCUUCAGCAACAAAAUUCUGGCCCUGAUGGGCUCCCCAAAGCCUCCCAAGAAUUACGACCGUCGGAUCACCCUCCUCAACACCCAAAACAAGAUCAACGGCUACACCAAGUGGGCCAUUAACAAUGUCUCCCUAACGUUACCGCCCACUCCUUACUUGGGAUCCAUUAAGUACGGUUUAAGGCACGCGUUUCAGCAGAAUAGCCCGCCGGAGAGCUUCUCCAACGACUACGACGUGAUGAAGCAGCCCGUCAACCCUAACACCACCACCGGGAACGGGGAUUACAUACUGGCCAUGAACACAACAGUCGAUAUCAUACUUCAAAACGCGAACGCACUGACCGCUAACGUGAGCGAAAUACACCCAUGGCACUUGCAUGGGCACGACUUUUGGGUAUUGGGGUACGGUGAAGGCAAGUUUGACCCCAAGAAAGAUGAGAAGAAAUUGAACUUGAAGAAUCCACCGCUGCGGAAUACGGCGGUGAUAUUUCCUUACGGGUGGACGGCUCUUAGGUUUGUGGCCGACAAUCCCGGAGCAUGGGCGUUCCAUUGUCACAUUGAGCCUCAUUUGCAUAUGGGAAUGGGAGUCGUCUUUGCGGAAGGCAUCCAACACCUCACCAAAAUCCCUCAGGAGGCUAUUGCAUGUGGUCUCACUGGGAAGAUGCUUAUGACAGCCAACCACAAUUAAUAAUCUUGCUGCUUAGUUUAAUUUGUGUUUAUUUAUAAUAUGCGAGUCGAGUAAGUUACCUUUGAUUCGUCGGUCGAGAUUAUGUAUUUGAGUAUGCAUCUCUAUAUGCAAUUAGCUUUUGAUACAUCUAUGAUUAAUUUAUAUUGA